GUGCUGGAGAGCAACACGAGCUCUAUCUCCAUCGGCUUGCUGCUGCCACGAGCCGACCGGAUACGGUGAUCGGCAUGCACUUCAUGAACCCGCCAGUCAUCAUGUCGCUGGUGGAGGUGGUCAGGGGACUCGCCACAUCCGAGCACACCCUGCACCUCACUAAAGGCCUCGCGCACAGGUUCGGCAAGCAGGUGUGUGAGGCGCGGGACUACCCUGGGUUCAUAGUGAAUCGGCUGCUCAUGCCCAUGAUCAACGAGGCUUUCUACACUCUGCUGGAGGGGGUGGGCACGGCAGAGGACAUCGACAGAGGCAUGAGACUGGGGACCAACCAGCCCAUGGGUCCUCUCCACUUGGCGGACUUCAUCGGCCUCGACACCUGUGUGGCCAUCAUGCGAGUGCUGCAUGCUGGUCUGGGGGACGCCAAGUACCGCCCGUGCCCGCUGCUCGUGCAGUAUGUGGACGCAGGGUGGCUGGGCCGCAAGACAGGGAGGGGGGUGUAUGAGUACCCGGGCCAUGGUGUGCGGAGUGAUGAUUCAUCACAAGGGAAGGAGGGCGAGGUGGAGGGAGGAGCCGAGAAGCCGGUGCAAGGCAGGCAGCACCAUGGCAAAAGGGCUGGCCACUAGGAAUCAAUGGUGGAUCGGUUCGGCGGUGUAUAUGGUUCCACUAUGACACCUGUGCCCCUUGUGUCAUGAAGUCACCUGUCCUAACCAUUGGGACAAGAAGGGAUGUCCUCAGGAGAGUUAAGCUCCAUAUAUCCACCUUCCCCAGGGAAAGCCUCCCUAGUACCCUCCCUAGAGAGAGAUGAGGUUCGACAGAGCUAUUCCAGUGCCACGACACCUUGAUGUGAUCAGUGUUCAGUGUUCACUUGUGUUUCUUCUUGAAUGCUUGAGGUCAAU